AUACGCUCCCUCGCUGCAUCCCUCGCUUAAGUCUCUCGCUCAGCACAGAUAAACAGUGAGGUUCCACUUUCUAACGCUGCACUCAUGCUCCGACCAAAGGACUUGUGCCAAGGCUCAGGCACCAAGACAUUCCUUGAUGCCAUGCACAGUGGCAAGAUUCACCUGGCGCGAUUCGUCCUGGAUGCCUUGGAUGGGCGAAUCAUCAACUCCAAGACUGAGAACAGCCGCACCCCUCUGAUGUUUGCCGUGUGCCUGCCAGAGUCUGGGGCGCGGGUGAAGUUCACACGGCUGCUGCUGGAGAAAGGGGCGGAUGUCAACUGCCAGGAUGAGCACGGUCGCACAGCUCUAAGCCUUGCCUGUGAGCAGGGGCACCUGGACUCCAUAAAACUCCUGGUGCAGUUCAAUGCUGACCCUGAGGUCUCUGACGCCUGGGGAAACAGUGCCCUAAUGUAUGCCGCUUAUGCGGGCCACAGCCAGGUCCUCGAGUUCCUUGUCCGGGCAUUUAAGAGGCUGGGCUUGCGGCUGGACCAGACCAACCGGGCAGGGCACUCUGCCAUUCAGGUCGCUGAUUUAUAUGGACACAACCAGUGUGUCCAAGCCCUAAACAUCCCAGGAAAGCGGACAGUUUCAGAUAAACUUGGGGAUGCCUACCUUGGGACGGAGCUCGGGGGCGAACGGCGGCGGCCUAACAGGCUCCCCAAGCAGGUCCUGGAGAGGUUCACCCAGCAGUUCCACAGCAAGUGUGAGGAGCACUUGCCAGCGGUGUUUCAGAGGCAGAUGAGGGUCGGGGAGAGCAGCGGUCUGCGGAGGCGCCUGAAAGGUCACAACCAGUCCCCAGACAGGAAGGGACAGCCCAAGCCCUUGUUCAAUCACUCACAAAAGCUUUGCAGCAAGGAUGAGCAGGAUGCCAUUUUUGAAGCCAGGCAAAUACAGAACAGCAAGCUGAGGGACAAGAUGGGGGCUACAACACUGGACCAGCAUCCACUAUCACACCAGGAAGAUGUGAACAAUGCCGGGGGAAUUAUACAAGAGGCCCAGGAGACAGGACCAGUGUGGGGUAAAGCAAAGUCUUUCAACCUAGAACAUCUGCCAUGUAGAAAACAGUCAUACCAGGAUGACUUGUCUGAUGCAACUCAUUCUACUGUAAGAAUUAAGAGAGGGUCACUGCAGGAUGAGCAAACUCUGAUGAGGAAGACACAAUGCCAAGACAUUAGUGCUGACAAAUCUGUCCCUGCACCGAGAUCUUUUUCAAAUGGCAAAAAACAAGUGCUGGAGGCAACUGAUGACGGACUGAGUCCACACUCAAUAGUAAAUGAGAGUUCCGGCGUUUCGUUGAGGCGGGAAUUUAAGAAGCGCUCUAGCCUACCUCAGUAUGGGCGCCAGGACAAAAUUCUCUUCCACAGAGAGGAAAUCGCACCAGAGAGGAUCCAGCUGCGUCCCCCAGGAUUCACCGGACUGGGAACGAGAUUACUGCGGCGAUUUACGGCUCCCGAAUUUAUGAGACUGGUAAUGGACUUUCCCUCUGAACACGGCAGAGGGAAGAUAUCUCGAUCCGAGACUUUCCCUUUUACGUCUGCACACCUGAAAGUUAACAGUCAGCCGAGUGUUGACAGUAUCAGUGGAGUGACCUGUGAAUUUGAAAGCAAUGGCGCACGCCGUCUCGCUCUUGGUUAAGGGGAAAACAAUUAAACGUUUUACAUUUCACGAAUCAAACAUGUAGCCGCUUUUACAUCCCAAAUUUUAUUAUGUGAUUUUGUCAGUGUUCUAAAUAACUGAUCAUAUUUAAUAUAUGGAAACGUUUAAAUAAUAUUUGUUUCGUGCGUAAAGAAAGCUAUAUCCUGUAUACCUUAUUUGAACUUAUAAAACGCUACGAUAAAUCUGACAAAAACGUAAAGGUUAUGCCUCACGUAUUUAUAAACUGCUGUACUGUGGUUUGAUAUAGGCUACGUCUCAAUUUGCUAUGUGCACUUUUUCUGAUGUAUCGAACGCAUUCUUACAAUAUGCUAUCUUUAUGUGAAUAUAUGUAAUUUGCUUUAGCCUACUGAUACCGCACUUUCUUUGUACAAUUUCUGUCGGGAAUCCAUUAAAAAAUCUUAACAUA